UUCGCGCGCAAGGAUUGGAACGAGAAGACGAAAACGUAAGCCUCAGAGAUUGGGUCCAACUCUCAGUGGCAUUUUUCAAAAUUCUCUCUCAAUAAGAUCUUUCUAUCAUCUUUGUAGCUCGUUCUAGCUUCUAAUGGAGGACGAGACCACCUUCGAUCCUGAUCUGAUUCAUGCCAUUUUCAAGCUCGUGUGGACCAGAAGAGCCCUCGAGCGACAAAAAAACGAAGGCGCCGAUGCUUUGGAUUUCCAGGUAGGAGCUGGAACAUCCAAGAAGAACCGGCCGACUUACGCCAAUGCAAAUGCACUAAAGCUGAGUUGUGAACUUCUUCGUGUCUUUAUCACAGAGGCCGUGCAGCGUGCUGCUACAAUUGCUGAAGCUGAGGGUGUUAGUAAAAUUGAAGCAACUCAUUUGGAGAGGAUUCUCCCGCAGUUACUUCUGGAUUUUUAAGGUACUCCAGAGCAUAUAGCAGCUUCUAUCAUUUUCACAUAAAUGUUGGACUCAUACUUGAGCAAGUGUCGUAGCGGUAUCCUGGCUAGCUGUGACUCGUAUGUCCAUACAGCGACUAUCGACUCCAAUACAUCCAUAUGGGUUUUACUCUGUUUGCUGCUUCCUAACCUGUUCAGAUAUUGCAGACUAUAACUAGUGACUUUGUAAAAGACAAAUCAAUUUGAGACUGAAAUGUAAUACUGGAAUACUAAAUAAUCACCUGAUGCAUUCCGUUUGUGGCAUGAAAUAGAUGGAGAGCUGGCUAAAUAUCA